GUACUACAUUGCGCGAACAACUCCCAAGUGGCUCUGAAAGUAUCACUCAUCAACUCUCAAACCUUGUUUACUUACACUCCAGUAUGACGAUUGCCAUUACAAAAGGCAACCCUAAGACAGCCGAAUUUACUCGGCUUUUCGAAUUAUUUGAUCGCAUUGCGACACGGCGCGCCAGGGGAUCUACGGAGCUAGCAAUCUCGAUGGAUGACAUCCAAUCAGUUCCUGCCGAAUUCGCACCAGUCCUGAAGAAUUUGUCUACUGUUCUUUCUUUACGCGCUCAACGCGACCAAAAACGCCUCCACAAGCCCAUAGGGCGCCCCCGCCGCAACACUGUCGGUAUUGCACCUAUGACACAGGAUACCAUCGACGAAGUGGAGGAUGUAGGGAGCCCUACAUUUCCCCUCGAAGAGCAUCACCCGUUUACAUUCAAGCUUAUGCUCCAUAACUUAUACAACGUCGACGAAUGGGCCCAGAAGGUGAAGAGUGCUGUAGAAGUGUCAAAGGAACAGUUUAAACCACUGGCGGAGAGGAAGCAAGAGAUGAUGAGGGAGGGUACAGGGAAGGAACGAAUUGUAGGGAGGAAUGUCGUGCGGUCUAGAAGUCAGUCCGUCGUAAACCCGAAGUCCAAAGGGAAAGCGCUUUCCCGAGAACAAGUGCCCGCAUCGCCGGUACGUGCGAAUGACUUUAGCCGAGUCUUGAAGAAACGCUGCGUUGGGAGGCGCAAAUCUAUCAGUGGGCCACUUGCUGGGGGUGUAUGGGUUUACGAUGCAGCCAUAUCUGCUGUCGAGCUGGACGGUGGUCGCCCAUCCCUGGAAAUUACGAUUUCAAAGUCCAAAGACACCUUGAACAAUACCGGUGUGCGGUCUCGGCACCAGUCUCUCGCUGGACUGGAGGGUAUUCAGGAUAGGGACACGACUCGUAGGAAGGUACGAAUUGCAGUGCCCUUAGCGCGAGAUGAUGUACAGGGCGCUUCAGCCCUCGACGAAGAGACCCAUUCGCGCAGUGGCCAACAAGGCAACAUUAUAAGAUAUCCUUGUCGUAGGACCACUCCCGCACGCGGAAGUAGUUUGGUUAGAAGUAGAUGUCUCGUAGUAUCGACUGUUCCUAAGUACAUACCCCAUACUUCCACUGUAGUUCAUCAUACUUUUCGAUACGACGACCACCGUGAUGGUUCAGAGAGGUCGAGAUUCGAGUGACAGGUGGUCCGACCUGCAAAGAAAUUAUGAUGACUAGGUGUCCGUUAUGAUCCCGGCCUUCAAUUAAGAUGACCAUGAUAAUUGAACAUCAACGUCGAGUCUCGAGUUUCCAAGCAGCCAAAGACAGCCUAGAAAUAUCAAAACCGAGAAGUCACCAGGGUCCAGGAGUCGUGAAAAACUUCGGCUCAAUAUAAAUCGUUGCUAGCCAGCUGAACAGCAAAGGCAUGGUACAGAGAACACCCAGCGAGAAAAACAAAAAGCAGAGGCAGCAGACGAGUUGGAGCCUGCUGGCCAGGAGCGUGGCGCGACCACUGAGCG